AUGCUUCGAAAAGGUUUCUGUCUUUGUGUGUUUCAAAAGAGACCGAAUGCCAAAUUCUUCCUUCCUUUCUUCCUCGCAUUCUAUCUAUCUAUUCAUAUUGAUUUAUUAUUUUUAUAUCAGCUUCAUAAGGGUGCAGCCAUAUCCUCUCUCACACCGCCUUCAGCCACCAGUUCCUCAUACCGAAGCCACUUUCUUUCAUGCGCCUCUUCAAUCCCUUCUUCCCAUGAUACUGUCAAUUCGCCAAUCAACAGAUGGGUCUUCUCAAUAUCAACUAAAACCAGAUCUGGUCUCAGACCAGACGCAAUAACCUCCACUGGCAGUGUAGCAUCAACCAACACUCUCCACUUCCUUGUGUUUUCCGACCUAGUCUUCUGCAUUGUGACAGUUGCACCUUGCUUCAGGAAGGCUACCCUUCGCAGGUCCAACGAAGGUGUGCUAGCAUUUCUUGCAACUGCUGCCACGACCUCCAGAACUCAGUUAUGUCUGAAGGUGUACCAGCCAUUCUGUAGCGCCUUUGGACAGGCUGACAGUAUGUGGCGCAGCUUUCCAUAA